UCCGGAACCUUUCUCCAAGAGUCGGUGUUUAGUCCGGAACACAACGCACACGUAGACUGCUGUCAUGAUGGCCACUCUUACUAAAGCUUUAAAACCGAUUUUGGGAAGGCAGUUGGGAAAUACAGCAAAGGUUUUUGGCGCAGCAGUCAACAGUCAAAGAGGAAAGCCUACAUACACAGGACGAAUCAUACCUCCUCCUGCCAAGUAUGGAGGUCGGCAUACUGUAACAUUGAUUCCUGGAGAUGGGAUCGGACCGGAACUGCUUAACCAUGUGCGGGAGCUCUUCAGGUUCAGCUGUGUUCCUGUGGACUUUGAGGUGGUGCAUGUGAAUUCUGCAUCAACCAGUGAGGACGACAUCAAUAACGCCAUUACGGCCAUUCGCCGCAAUGGAGUUGCUCUUAAAGGUAACAUUGAGACUAACCACGUAAUGCCCCCUAACCACAAAUCACGGAACAAUCUUCUACGCACGAGUCUGGAUCUGUACGCCAAUGUGAUGCACUGCCAGUCACUUCCUGGUGUUCAGACGCGCCACAAAAACAUCGACAUCAUCAUCAUUAGAGAAAAUACAGAGGGCGAGUACAGCAGUCUGGAGCAUGAGAGCGUAUCAGGAGUUGUAGAGUGUCUGAAAAUCAUCACACGGAACAACUCCCUCCGCAUCGCUGACUAUGCCUUCAGACUGGCCCGAGAGAAAGGUCGCCGCAGGGUCACGGCUGUCCACAAGGCUAACAUCAUGAAACUGGGGGAUGGGCUGUUCUUGCAGUGCUGUAAGGAAGUGGCCUCUGGAUACCCAGACAUUGAGUUUGAUAGUAUGAUUGUGGACAACACCACCAUGCAGCUUGUUUCCAAGCCCCACCAGUUUGAUGUCAUGGUGAUGCCUAACCUCUAUGGCAAUGUGGUCAGCAAUGUGUGCGCCGGGCUGGUGGGUGGACCCGGGCUGGUGCCUGGUGCCAACUACGGGCGAGACUACGCCGUGUUUGAAACGGCCACCAGGAAUACAGGAAAGAGCAUUGCCAACAGGAACAUUGCCAACCCCACUGCCAUGCUGCUUGCCAGCUGUCUCAUGUUAGAUCAUCUCAAACUCCAUGACUACGCCAACAUGAUCCGCGGUGCGAUCCUUACCACCAUGAACGAGACCAGGUUGCACACAGUUGACAUUGGGGGUCAGGGCACUACCUCAGAAGUGGUCCAGUCUAUCAUGAGGCUCAUCCAGAGCAGCGGUCCCCUCACCACUGAGAUCUAAACCCAGCCUGCACCACUCCACCACUGUUUGACAUCAGCUACUUAAGGACAUCUGCACUUCAUUUUAUGUCUCAAUAAUGUUGCUUCCACUUGAGACGAGAGAUUUAUUCUUGAAUCCAGCAGCUUUUAUGGGGAUCUGGGGUGAAGAUGGUGUUACGUGAAACACAACUUACUUCAGCGCUGUGAUUGUGGUGUUUCUUGGGCAUAGCGGUCUCUCCAUGGGUUUUUAGAUUUAUCAUUUUGUAUGUAAAAGGUUAUAUUGUUUCAAUGCUAUGCUAAUGCAGUAUUUAUGAUGAGGGUCUUGCGUUGGAUUUGUGUUUCUGCUGCUCAGUUGCAUUCCACAUUUUAUCCAUCUUACCUGUUAUUCUCAAACCUUAUACCUUUUUUGUUUACUUUAAUGACCCUGAACAAAGCUCCAACUGGCCAUUUACAUAAUUACAUUAUACUUGUAUAAACUACAGCGUUUUACUUUUUUUUUUUAACUGCCUUAAACUGUUGGGUGUUUAAAUGGACUUCCUAUUCUGGAUGUCUAUGAGAUGGUAUUUUUCUUUAGACUUUAUGCUGGGGUAUUUAUGAUUAAUACUUAAUGUUGGUCUACUGUUGCAUCAGUAAGUUUGGACGUUUAUGUUUUAGUUCUGUCUGUUCUGCAGUGCUUAAACGUAUUUGACAAGUCUGCAUCUGGCAUGCUGUCAUCUUUUGCAUUAAACAUUUUCCAACAGUUUUUCAGAUUGGUAUUAGAAUAUUGUAAAGCUGCGGGUCUCAACCUUUUUGCAUCAAGACUACCACUAUCCCAUAUUCAGUUUUAUUACAUUUUUAAUUUUCUGAUAAAAUAUAUCACAACUUGGAAUAAACAGACCAACGUAUAUACAAUGUGUGACUUUUACAGGUCUAGAAAUCACAUUUUUAACGUUUUAAUUGUACACUGGUUGAGAAAGGGUUAAAAUUUGGACUGUUGCACAAAUCCUUAAUGGCUCACUGGUAAUCCAGAGAUAUAAUAAAAUGGUUGUCCUCUUAAAAA